AUGGCGACUAAACAAGAAUCUGGUAUCCUUUUGCGCGGCGGCACUGUCUUAGCCCACGAUGAAGACAUGCAUGUCAGACCGCUGAGAGCCGAUGUUCUUAUCAAAGGAAACACCAUCGUCAAGAUCAGCGAGGACCUGUCUGUGCCCGUCGGCACGGAGGUAAUUGACUGCAUUGGCAAGCUACUAUGCCCAGGUUUCGUCAACGGCCAUCAGCACAUCUGGCAGACGGCGCUCAAGGGCCAACACGCCAAUGACACCCUCGUUCCGUACAUGCCAACGGGCAACUUGACGUCAGCGCUCUACACUCUCGAAGAUGCGUUCUGGGGCGAGUUAAGUGGUGCCAUGGAGUCCAUCGACUGCGGGACCACAACCGUGGUGGACCAUUCCAGUCUGAACCAAGGGCCGGAUUACCCGAAAACAAUUCUCCGGGCCCUGGCAACGUCAGGCCUACGCGCCACCUACGCAUACUGCCACCCUCGCAUCGUCACCUCGUGGAACCCGCUCAAGUACGCCGACGACUCGACUUCACCCUGGGUUAUGGACACAUAUGAGCAACUAUUUGCACCGUGCUCAGAUCUUGGCGACAACGGCCGCGUCCGCCCUGGCUUUGCCGUCGACGCCAUCUUCGGCCCCUCCGAGCCGCUCCAGAAGCUGUACAAGCGAAUCCGCAGCGCAGGCACGGCAGUGAUCACGACGCACUCUUGCGGCGGGGUCAUGCUACACAACGGACCCUCCGCUGCACAGAUCUUGUACCAGCAUGGCCUGCUUGGCCCUGAUAUCCUGCUCAGUCAUGCGACUUUCCCGCACGAUGGCGACGUGGAGCUGCUGAGGAAGGCGGGAGCGGCAGUGUGCACCACGCCGUUGACCGAGCUGCAGAUGGGACAGCCGCCUGUCGCGCUGGAGGACGAUUAUUACGAGCUAGCGAGCCUCGGCGUGGACUGUCAUUCUUGGGGCAGCAGCUUCAUGCCAGGACAGAUGAGGUUGCUGUUGCAGUGGGCCCGGUGCGACAGGGCAGGACGCCUGCUCAAAGAAAAGGGGCAAUGGAGUCUUGGCACUGGAGUUGAUGUCGAAAAGGUUUUCAACCUGGGGACGGCGCUGGGUGCUAGGGCCAUUGGGAUGGGUGAUCAAGUCGGGCAAAUCAAGGAAGGGUACAAGGCGGACAUGGUCAUCUUCGACACGGACACGCCGAGCAUGUGUGCUGCCGCACUGGACGAUCCUGUCGCAGCAAUAGUGCUACACUCGAGUGAGCGAGACGUUGGAACGGUGAUUGUCGACGGCGUGGUGAGAAAGCAGGGCGGCAAGCUGUUGGACAUCACGGCGACGCCGGCGGUGGGGCGCCAGACGACGCAGGUGAGCGGCGUUGAAGAAGGUCGGAAGUUUUCCUGGAAUGAUGUCGUCGCCAGGUUAUUAGAGAGCCGAGCAAGAAUCAAGAAGGAGAUGGAAGGGAUCGACUGGGAAAGUGCGGUGGAUAGCAUGAUUGAUCUGAUGCACUGCGAUCGAAGCUCUCUGAAACAAGACCAUUGA